CGCUGUGGCGCUGCUGCGGCACGAGCAUCAGAGCUCAACUGUCGGUGCUGUCUGUGUGAUGAGAACAGUCAAAUCGUAAUGGCGACUGCUGGAACAGCAGACUCGGGAUCAACAGCCCCGACAGGGACCAGUGGCAUCCGAAAAAUGGCCCCUUCAGAGAUGCCUGGCUCUUCAGGCACACAUCAGAGUAUGAAGAAGACCAUCGGACACCGGGGGGUCGAGACCACCACAGGAGAGACCACCUAUAAAAAGACCACGUCGUCUGCCCUAAAAGGUGCAAUCCAGCUGGGCAUCACUCACACAGUUGGCAGCUUGAGCCAGAAGGCGGAGAGGGAUGUUCUCAUGCAGGACUUUGUGGUGGUCGAAAGCAUCUUCUUCCCCAGUGAAGGCAGUAAUCUGACUCCUGCUCAUCACUACAGUGACUUUCGCUUCAAGACCUAUGCUCCUAUUGCCUUUCGUUACUUCAGAGAACUGUUUGGCAUUCGGCCAGAUGACUACCUGUAUUCUCUGUGUAACGAGCCACUGAUCGAGCUGUCUAACCCCGGGGCCAGCGGAUCCCUCUUCUAUGUCUCCAGUGAUGAUGAGUUCAUUAUCAAGACUGUUCAGCACAAAGAGGCAGAGUUCCUCCAGAAACUGCUGCCUGGAUACUUCAUGAACAUAAACCAAAACAAGCGCACCCUGCUACCCAAGUUCUACGGACUGUAUUGCGUUCAGGCAGGGGGCAAGAAUAUCCGUAUUGUAGUGAUGAACAAUCUCCUGCCCCGGAUCAUCCCCAUGCACCUCAAAUACGACCUGAAGGGCUCCACCUAUAAGAGACGAGCUUCCCCCAAGGAGAGAGAAAAGGCGGUUCCCAUUUACAAAGACCUGGACUUCAUCCAGGACCUGCCUGAUGGUCUGCUGCUGGAAGCGGACAACUACAAUGCCCUGUGCAAGACUAUUCAGAGGGACUGCUUGCUCUUGCAGAGUUUCAAGAUCAUGGAUUACAGUCUGUUGAUGGGCAUCCACAACAUGGACCAGGCCAGUCGAGAGCGGGAGCGUAGCGGGGGCAACUCGGGCGACAGCGGGGGGUCGGAGGGAGCAGUGACCCCAGAUCAGCGCCGGCCACAAGCUCAGAAAAGUCUGUACUGUACAGCCAUGGAGUCCAUUCAGGGCGAGGCUCGAGGGAAGGGAGUUCUGGAUUCAGAAGAUCACAUGGGCGGUAUUCCAUCGCGUAACAGUAAAGGAGAGAGGCUGCUGAUCUACAUUGGCAUCAUUGACAUCCUCCAGUCCUACAGGUUUAUUAAGAAGUUGGAGCACUCCUGGAAGGCUUUGGUCCAUGAUGGGGACACAGUGUCAGUUCACAGACCUGGCUUCUAUGCAGAUCGUUUCCAGCAAUUCAUGUGCAACACGGUGUUCAAGAAAAUUCCACUAAAACCAUCACCAUCAAAGAAGAGUCGUGGUGGAGGUCAGGGAGGCCUUAGGAGGGCCCCCACCCUGGGAGCUCCCACCCCGCUCUCCCACGCAACAGGACAGUCGGUUGACUCCAGACUAGUCUACCACAGCCACUUCAAAAGCACAGAUUCAGAGGCUGACUGUGGCGUGCAGUCGGGUAGACCAGAUCUUGUUCCGAGGACUCCACCUCUGGGAGAAAACCCUGCUGACUAUGAGGCCAACCUGUCCACCUCAUCACUAGGCAGCACGGGAAUUGCCUCCACUUCUCCCCCCCUACGGUCUGUGGGGGUGGAGGUCCACAAAUCAGCAAACACAGAGUUUGACCACCACAGUUUGGGUGCAGAAGGUGCUGUAGAUAAUUCAGGCAACCUGUCUGGAAACGAAGACGUAAUUUCACUCUCAGACAUCAUCCCUGAGACCAACAUCUGCUUUGUAAGUCCAAGCGAUGACAUCAUGUUUCCAUAAUUGAAAAUUAAUUUUAACGUUAUUGUUGCAGCAGCCAGUAUUUGUUAGUUGUAUAUACCUUGGUACUGAUGUUAGUUUCAUCUUCACAGUAAAAAGUGACACGUGAAGACGAGGCAUUUCUGGACAAGGUGAGGUGGGCGGAAGUAAUAAUGAAGAGAGUGAAAGUCACGCAUCCACCACGGACCCUCCGUUGCACCUCUGUUGUUCUCUCACCCGUACAGUAUAUACAUGGCCCGCUGGAUGAAGCAGCGAGGUGCAGUGGAGGCUGUGACAGUGAAGAAAACAGCGGUGCGAAGAUCAUGAAGAAGAAGGGUGUGCGGUAGGCUUUAGCUUCCACAGCCAUCGACCUCCCAAAGCCCAGUUGUCUCUGAUAUACACCCGAAUAAAAGGCUCACGACCCUGAAUUUACAGCUCCGUAUUAGAUCUGGCAGCGUAAUGUUGACUAAACAAAGAUUUCUCUUCACGUUCAGAACAUGAAGGAUGCUUCGAUGACAUCACAAACAAAAUGAUUAGUUGUAUAUUGUUAAAAGCCUGCGAACACAGUCACCAGUGGAUGGUGAAGGCAGUCAGACUAUCCAUGAAGAGUCAGUCAUUGUGUCCACUUUUCGCAGCAUGAAGCGAUUGUGAGAUGACAGCAUUUCAGCAAGAACACACACACACACACACACACACACUCUCACACUUAAGAGCACAUGAAGGGCAGAGCCUGCGAUUGUAGGAGUGAAUAUUAGCCUCUGUAUUCAUGCGAAGUCCAAGUGGGUUCACAUUUCCGUGAUUCACACUGUAGUGUUCCCAUCUCCGCACAUCCAUUUCCCCCCUCGACACUCCUCAUGAGCGGGGCACUCUGAGCAAUCAACAGUCCCUGUUCGAAUCAACACUUGCUGCUGUUGACUCUGCAAUUAUGUAUGCAUUUCUUUUUACUGAUCGUAGAUGUACAGUAUUUGUUUGAAAUUGGGGGGGAUGGGUUAAACCAGACCUAUGCGGUCAUUUUGUUUCACGUUUUGUCAUAAGUUAUUCUGCUGGAAGCCACGGCGGUGCGGCACAGGUCCAUCUCGAUCUUGCCACUGCUGAAUGUACAUUACAAUGUUUUUUCUUAUAUAGAACGUGUCUUAUUAACAUGGCAGACCACAUUUGUACAACCCUGAGAAUCUCCCCCUCUGAUGUGACCAUAUGUGCUAUAAAUGAACACAGAGAGAAGAGCUGUCGGCUGCAUGGCCGGCCAGUAGAUGCUGAUAAAUGAAGUCAUGGUAAUAAGCUAGUAGAGGAGUAAUAAUUUCCAGCAGCUACUGUCAUUCGUCUGUCAUGUCUGUGCCUUUACAUGUUUGUCCCUUCCCUAACGUGAUGGACUUUUUAUUUUUACAGGUUAGUGUUGUAGUCACACAAAAAAACCUGCCUUAUCACUACAGCUGAAGUCAUCAAACUGCCAUUUGUAUGUCUGGACCAACAAUCAGGGCUUCAAAGAAUUUCAGAUUUUAAUGCAAACACUAGUACAAUCCCUUUUGGUUACGCUGAGCGUUCAGUCACUGUGGUUCAUCAGCUCAGCUGAUCCGUUCAUCUGUCCCCAUGUCAGACAAUAAGGAUGUCUGUCUCUUAUUAUUCAUUUCUGCUGGUUACAGAAAUGACCCCCGCCCACAUCCACCCUUGGACCAAUAUUAACAACCACAUGUAUAACUAAUAUUUGUAUGUUUUGUAUGUAGUAUUACUCAGCUUUUACUCAGCUGUUCAUAAUGAUUAUGCUUUGUUUUCACAGAAUGUUUGUGUUUAUGUUUAAGGCACUAAACAAGCUGCAGAGGUGGCUGGCAGAGACACCCCCCCCCCCCACCCCGGUAUUUCUGAUACAGACAUUUGAAUCACUACCAAGUGACUGUAGCAAAACUCAAGAUUUUAAGUCCCAGACACACCAAAUUCACAUAAAGUGGCAACGCCUUUGUCGCCUUUGUCUCAGCCAAAAAGUUGCACUUGAACACAUCACAAACACUUCAGCUGGCAGCAAACUGCACGUACACACUGCUCUUGCAUAAGAGGAAAUAACUCCAUACCAGCAGGCGGCAGUACUCUGUAUUCGUCAUUUACAAAUGGAAACCAGAAGACAGACAGGAUACAUUCAAGACGCUAGUUAGCCAGUUAGCACAUUAAGGGGCCGUACACAUGCCACGUCUUUAACCGCCUAGAAAAUGCGAGGUCGGGCGUUGGGUGCACCUUUUAAGAGCGCGGCGGCAGGUUGUCAACAAGCACAGUACCGUAGCCCGUCUACCUGAAAUCCUGAGUGCAGAGCUGAUCUUCUUCCUGGUGCUGUUUAUAAGUGUGUAGGCCUAUGGUCCGUGGGAUAGAUGUAAAGCUCUGGCAGCCCUGCAAUAACAUGAUCAACUUUUCCAUAUUUACCACAGACUGAUAUUUACGGAAGAAGGGAAAGAUAUCUGUCGGCUGUGAUUGGUUGUUCCUCGUCACGACACGUGGUGCGCGCUGCUGCGUUCCAAAAGUUACUCGGUUUAUCUCAGAGCGCAGUAGCCGCGCCCCACAAAGUAGACAGCUGGUAAGGAGUAUGCGUCACCCCUGGCGUUUGAGCGCGUCUGCCAUGUGUCUACAUUGAAAACAAUGAAUUUGAGGGUGCAAAAAACGCAGCAUGUGUACAGCCCCCAACAAAACAAUCUCACUCACGUCGAAAGAGGAAAUAAUAUUUACUGUGCAAUAGCAAACAGAAACAAACAAAUAAGAACGGUUUCUGCAAAAGAGCUCAGUGGAUAAAAACAAAUCAAAACCCUUGUGACUUUUACCAUUUGUUUACUUUCCUCACUUCCAUUUCUCCUUUGAGCACUGAGCUGAACUGCCAAUCAGAGUGAUUUUAUUCAUGGCCUGUUCAUUCAUGGACAGGCUCCGCCGCCAAUUCAACAUGCUGAAUUGGCCAGGAAAAAAAUGACAACUGUUGACGAGUGCCAGUGAGCAGGACACCACAAACACAUUGGUCAAUGUUGGGCUGUUGGUGAGCGCCUGUCACCCUAGUUUUUGCUAGUAUGGUGGUAUGAAGUUAUUUCCUCUCAUGUAGGCACUGAAAGUACGUCCUAGUUGGCCAUUGGCUAUCAUUUUUGCGGUGCGUUCAGUGUAUCUUUUUGGCUGUGACACAGGCGAUAUGAGGCGACGCAACAGUCGGCCUUCGUCGCCUCUACUUCUUUGAUGUCUGUUACUGUGUCUGGGCUCUUAGACAUCAUCUCAUUUGAGGAAGUGCUGUCUAUGUUUUGUAGGCACAUUUGGUCUAUGCAGCAGAGAGGGGAGAAGGGGAAAUGCGAGUUUUGAACAUAGAAAGGAAGGAAAACAACUCAUGUCCAUCAAUGCACAGUCGAGGAUUUAGGACUGAGUCUUUUGUAGUAUAAGAAAGUCGCGGCACCAAAGAAAGGAGUGGAGAGUUCCUGCGAUUCUUCAGGAUCCAGUACAUGAAAAAGAAAUGAGGCACUCCUCGAUACCUGCAUGGACUGAUAAUGUUGUACAUGGUAAUAACACUGGGUCGACCUGUGUUUCUAAGGAUCUAUUGUUAAACUGGAUGUUUUGUUUUGUUUGCUAAAUCAUUUCACGUCUGAUAAGCUGUAUCUGACAUAAAAUGUUUGUUUCUUUAUGGAAGAAUCGGUUUACUUUGUGGCCUGAGACAUUUCAAGAUUGAACUCCACAUUCCUGUGAAAUUCAAGUUAAAUUUACUACAAAUGUGGUAGCCCUCAGAGCCCAUUACAUACGACCCUUGUGUAGGUGGGAUGAUGUACUUGAAUUGUUUCUGGUAUUAUGCUGAAAUGAUUUCCGACAGAUCAGUUUAAAGUUGUAUUUAGUUGGAUCAGAAGUCAAACAGCCACCAAAGAAAACACUCCUAUAGAUAAAUUCUGUCUCAUUAGAAAAAUCCAGAUUAUAUUUUGUGACACCUGGAUUUUGAUGAUGUAACUUUUUUUUUUUUCUUUCUUUUUUGAUGGGUGGUACUGUGUAAUUGCAGAUGCAGAUCACUUCUGUUGCAGUUGUUAUGUACUACACCAUGGCACAAGAGAAACAUCAUCCAACGGUGCUUAAAGGGCGGUGCACUCAGCGUAGACACUACAGUAUAUUUGAAGUAAUGCAAUAUGAACCACAAUCUGCCACCUUUCAGCUCUAAGAAGAAUAUUUAUUGAUAUGGUUGAUUGCUGCAGGCUGAGUUGAUAAAAGUUGUAUUAUGUACUUUUUAGAUGAUUGUACGUAUACUGUAUACUGACAGAAGGAUGUCUGAAACUUUAUAGUGUGUGUUGCCUAUGAAGGGGGACUAUUUGACAAUUUCACUUUUUAUAUUUCAUGUUUAGAUUGUGAUAUGACGGAUAUAUUCGCUCCAUGAUUAUUCUGGGUUGUUAAUCUCCCACGCUUUUUCUACAUGAAUGUUUCACACGGCUCACGAGCCAACGUUGCUGGUUGUCCUACGAUGCUUCGAUUACUAUAUUUUUACUGUGUAUAAAAUGUGUAUAUGUACAUAGGAGUCACGGAAAUGCCUUCUCAUGCAAUAUGUGCUGCCUGUCCCUCCUGCCAUGUUUCAGUUAUGUGGUGGUGAUGUUUUCAUGUCUGAUUUUAAAGGAUUAAACAUAUUUUCUAAAUCUUG